AUGGCGGGCCGCAGAACCGGAGGGACCACUCCGGACGGCUCGCAGGCAGGAGACACAAAUAGCAGCGAGCAGAUCGACAGCAUGCGGUCUGAGAUCAGUUCGCUGACACAGCAAAUGGGCCAGCUGGUGCAGCUGGUCGGAGGACUUGCUGCACCUAUAGAGGAGAAGUCCGGCGGUGCCACGGAGGGCGCCGCUGAAAGCGGCGGCGCCGUGGAGAGCGUCGCCACAAGCACUGCAGGUCAUUUUGGGACCGUGCAGUACGACGGGAGCGCGCAGGCAGCGGACCUGCGAAGAGAGUCUGGUCCUUCGGGACGACACAGCGGCGAAGUAGGGGGUUCAGACCCCCAAGAGGUGAGAGUAGCCGCUGCUCACAAUCAAGCUUGUUUCAGCAGCGCCAUGGGAAGUGGUGCUGCUGUCUUCGGUAGUGCGAGCGUGGGAUACCAAAGCGUGAAGUACACAGCGCCCACGUUCAGCGGAGACGCCAAGAGCUUUUCUUCGUGGCUAGAGGAUUUUUUGAUGGCAGCGAACACAGCAAACCUUCUUGAGCUUUUCGAGGAGGGGGGGGCGGAGAUCCCCGUAACCAGUGGGCAGAGCAAAGUCCAACUGUCCAGGUUUUACCCGCACGACAAAGUAGAGCUCGCUUUCCACGCGUGGAAUUUCCCCCGUGGAGCUCUCAAGGACGAGAAAGACAGGACAAUAAUGAAGCGAGCUGAGUCGCCCCUGGGGGCGCUCCGUGAGCUGAAGGGGUUGUACGACCCAGAAUCGUCCAUGCAGCCUGCGGAUGAGUUAAAAUCCCUGACAUCCAAGAAGAUCCCGAUGGCAGAGAAUCCGCAACAUGCUCUCAACAGUAUGCUCGCCAACGCAGAGUCCCUUUCGGAACGGGGGCUUGAUGUUAACGAAACCUUCGUUUUGCACCUCUUCUUGGAUGCCCUCUCCAACGAGUACGCUAUGACCA